UCUCAGGAGUGGACCCCGUUUCACUGGUUUAUUGUGGGGACUGGUUCUAGGAGCUAGGUGGGUUAGCCUUCCCUGUCAAAGGGGCACUAAAGGGAUUAGGAGCCAAUGCCUGGGACACUGAUACCUUCUCCUCACUGCAGACAUGUCAAAGAGACCAUCCUAUGCCCCUCCCCCUCCCCCUGCCCCUACAACACAAAUGCCCAACACUGCCGGGUUUGUGGGCUACAACCCAUACAGCCAUCUGGCCUACAACAACUACAGACUGGGAGGGAGCCAAAGCAGCAACAGUCGGGUAACGAAUUCCUCUGGAAUAAAUAUCCCAAAGCCACCCAAGCCACCUGAUAAGCCAUUGAUGCCAUACAUGAGAUAUAGUCGCAAGGUUUGGGAUCAAGUAAAAGCCUCCAAUCCUGAUCUGAAGCUAUGGGAAAUUGGGAAGAUAAUCGGUGGCAUGUGGAGGGACCUCACUGAUGAGGAGAAACAGGAUUAUUUGAAUGACUACGAAGCAGAGAAGAUUGAGUAUAAUGAGAGCAUGAAGGCCUAUCACAACUCGCCAGCGUACCUGGCCUAUGUCACUGCAAAAAGCCGGGCCGAGGCAGCCCUGGAAGAGGAGAGCCGCCAGAGACAGUCCAGACUGGACAAGGGCGAGCCUUACAUAAGCAUCCAGCCAGCAGAGGAUCCAGAUGAUUACGACGACGGGUUUUCUAUAAAACACUCAGCCGCAGCUCGUUUCCAGCGCAACCACCGUCUGAUCAGUGAGAUCCUCAGUGAGAGCGUAGUCCCAGAUGUGCGCUCAGUUGUUACCACUGCUCGCAUGCAAGUCCUUAAACGCCAGGUGCAGUCUUUGAUGGUACACCAGAGAAAAUUGGAGGCAGAGUUGCUUCAGAUUGAAGAUCGCCACCAGGAAAAGAAAAGAAAAUUCAUUGAAGCCACAGAGUCGUUCACAAAUGAGCUCAAAAGGCUGUGCUGUCUGAAGGUGGAAGUUGACAUGGAGAAGAUUUCUGCAGAGAUUUCUGCAGCAGAAGACGCAGCUCGCAAACGGAUGUCAGACCGUGAUAAGGAUGCAGGAGACAGAGGGGCAAGAGAUACCCCGACCUGUGUGUUGGCAGAAGAAGAAAAACACAUUUGUGCAACACAUGGCAACAAGUCCCAGCAAAACUCUCAAAUUGAAAGUAGCAACAAAGAGGGCGAGGAAGCAGAAUCCAACAGCACAGAUACACCAGGAAAGCCAAAAGCUUCAGAGGAGCUUGAGACUCAUCCAGGCAGUGAGGAGGGGGCAUCAGAGGACAAGGAGAGCGUCCCAGAGGGGGCCAUGGAGGAGGGAACCAGCGACAGUAACACAGGCUCAGAGACCACCUCUGCUCAGACAGAAGAUGCCCCGACUAGUGAGCCAUCAGAGGGGUCCAGCAGAGCAAGAGCAGCCCACUGAGUCCAGCAAAGUUCAUUCAUCUGUGAACUGUAAGGCGAUCAUUACGGCUGCUUGUCUCCGGUAUCACCCUCUGACAUUUAUUGCACAGUACCAUCUUAGUUUGUCAAAGAAUAUGAAGAUCAUUUAGAUGGGCUCAAUGUUUUAACACGAGUUUGAAAACACCAAGGCUUGCAGACAUGCGCUGGAUACAAAUAAAUUAUAAAAAUGUAAGGCUGACAAAGCAAAGGUCCCGUUUAAAAUCAAUGGCUGCUAAGUGCGCCCUUGUGAAAGCACUAUAUUUCCUCCACAGGCCUCAUUGCCAUUUGGAAAAAACGAUACAUGCCCUCUUCAGCACACACCGAUACAUAUCAUUAGCAAUCUGUCUGGCAUACCCCAGAUUAUCGCAAUUUAAGACUGGCUAUUUAAAAAAAAGCUGUCACAUAUAACAAACAUUGUCCGGUGUUAUAUUUAACUUUUGUCCUUUGUAUUGUAAUGUCCUUGUUGCUUUCAUUGUUAUUUUUGCAUGAUGCAAUGUUAAAAAAUAAGUUGGCAUACUUGUGAAGAGUGAUGCUGGGGUGACCAUCUCCUUGCCAGGAGAAUAUUUGUUUACUCUCCUUAUCAGUAUUACAGUGACAGUAUUGUCUCAGGAGUUUGUAAUCAGUAGUAGUUAUUUUUGUUAUUUAUUAUCAGCGUUUUUAUUAAACUUGUGUAUUGAUUGUCCCGGUUCAUAUAUAUAUCACAUGAUCAUCAAUGCUGUACAAUGCUCGACUACCAGUGUUCUCAAGUUUGCUAGCUGUCAAUCAAAUCAAAAGCAGUACGCUUAGAACAUGUCUGUGUUAUGAUGAAUAUUGCAUUAUCAACAGAAAACUUUUAAAUGUACCGUAAUUGUGUACACAGUGUAACGAGGUUUGCUUAAACAUGGAUGUUCAUGUCGUGAAAAAUCUUGAAGAACAGUCAUAAACAUGCAGUCUUACAAUGAAUUUCCUUUUGAAUAUUUAUACCAAUAAACUUUUCU